AUGUUUAACAAGGUGAUCCAAGUCGCGCUCCUCGCGCUUUGCGCCAGCACCGCACUCGCAGUGCAAACUCUUGAAAUCAAGGGCGCCGACUUCGUCAAUUCAGUCACCGGCAAUCGUUUCCAAAUAGUUGGCGUCGCAUAUCAGCCUGGAGGACAAUCUGGAUAUGACCCUUCUUCUGGCGUUGAUCCACUCAGCAAUGGGACCGUCUGUCUAAGGGAUGCUGCUCUGAUGCAGCAAUUAGGGGUCAAUGCUAUUCGGGUCUACAAUGUAUCCCCGGAUCUCAACCACGACUUGUGUGCUUCCAUCUUCAAUGCGGUCGGCAUCUACAUGCUACUCGAUGUCAACUCUCCGUUGUCAGGGGAAAGUAUUGACAGAAGCAACCCUAGUGGCAGCUACACUUCUUCUUACCUCAACCGUACAUUCGCUGUGGUGGAAGCUUUCAAGAGCUAUCCCAACACCCUGCUAUUCUUCUCUGGUAAUGAAGUCAUCAAUGAUUUGCCAACAAGUGGACCAAAUCCUCCAUACAUGAGAGCCGUGACGCGAGAUCUCAAAAACUACAUUGCUAAGCACUCGACCCGAAGCAUCCCUGUUGGAUAUUCCGCCGCCGAUGUUCGUGAGAUCUUACUUGAUACUUGGAAUUAUCUUCAGUGUACCACGGGUAGCGAUGCGUCAGAUCCUUCUCGUGUUGAUCUAUUCGCCCUUAACAGCUACUCGUGGUGUGGUGACUCCUCAUUUACAACAUCAGGCUACGAUGUUCUCGUGUCGGACUUCAGCAAAACAACCGUUCCGGUCUUCUUCUCAGAAUACGGCUGCAACAAACCUUCCCCUCGUGUCUUUACAGAAGUCCCGGCUCUAUAUGGUCCUCUUGUAGCCCCUGUACUAUCCGGAGGACUGGUCUACGAAUUCUCCCAAGAGGAUUCGAACUUUGGUCUCGUCACAAUCAACGCAGAUGGCUCAGCCAAACUCCUCUCGGAUUAUGACGCCUUGCAGAAGCAAUACAACACCCUUAAUGUAACCACUCUUCAAAGCGAGGCUGCGCAGAAUACCACAGUAUCACCGCCUCAGUGCUCCUCUUCGCUGAUCACCAACAAAGGUUUCGCAACCAACUUCACGAUCCCGUCCCUUCCUGAUGGAGCAGAGGACCUAAUCAACAAUGGCAUCAGUAAUGCUCCUGUUGGAAAGAUCGUUACUGUGUCUGAUACCAAAGUUACCCCGCAGGUGCAGGGGAGCAACGGUCAAGCUAUUUCAAACCUGGCAAUCACGCCACUGAAAGACGAUGAGAGCAACACCCCAAGCGGACAAACGCAAAGCGCAUCGACCCCAACUAGCUCAACCACUAGCUCCGCCCCAGCUGCUACAACAAGCAAGAAGAGUGGUGCUUCGACUCUCCAGGCAAGCCUGGGCGCUCUUCUGGCUGUUGGUCUUCUGGCUGUUGUGUUGCUAUGA